AUGCCUCCCAAAGCUGCUCCCGCUGAGGGCGCCACAUCUGGCCCUGUCAUCAACGGACAGACCCUCACCUUCCAAGAGACCAAGGUGGUUUGCGCCAUCUUGGAGAACCUGACCACCAGAGUCGAUGCCAACUGGGAGAAAGUCGCCGAGUCUCUCGGCCAGAAGAACGCCAAGAGUGCCAGAGAGGCGUGGAGACUGCUUCGCAAGAAGUGUGAUCUUAACCUGGAUGGCCUUCCUGAAGGCGCUGCUGCCGGCGCAGGCCCUGCCAGCGCAAAGAAGGCGGCUCCUGCUGUUGCUGCCGCCGAGAAUGGCGAAGUUGGUGCCACCCCGGUCAAGCGCGGCCGUGGUCGCCCCCCCAAGAAGGCCCUGAUGCUCACCCCCGGCAACGGUGGCGACGAGGACGCCGCUCUUUCCACCCCAGGCACUGCCCUGGGAAACCUGGACCUCGGUGAAAUGACACCUGAGACCCCCUCCAAGACGGGCUCUGGCGUGAAGCGUUCCGCCGAGGACGCGACUGACCCCGAUGCAAUCCUCUUCGAGGAAACUCCCGCAAAGAAAAAGGCCACGCCGCGCAAGCCGCGUAUGACGGCCAAGCAAAAGGCCGCGUUGGCAGCAGCAGCUGCUGCUCCCGCUCCCAUCGACGAGUCAGCCAACGGCACGACUGGUGCUGGCUUUGUGCCUGCUUCUUCUCCUGUUGGUGAUACCAUCAAUGAUGGCGACGACAACAGCAACAUUGACGUUGCCAUGCAAGGUGUCUCGGAGCUUGAGGCUAUCGCCGACACUCUCGCUGCUGAUGAUGCGGCUGACGCUGCUCAUCUUGUGGGUGGUAUUGAUCCUGACGAGAACUAG